AUGUUUUCACACCAGCCUACUUGGGAUGACUGCCAACAACUCCUAGGGACUCUCUUCAUGACAGAGGAACAAAAGAGAAUCCUCCUAGAAGCUAAAAAAAAAAAUAUCCUCUGACCAGAUGGGCGACCGACACACUUCCCCUUGAACCGACCCAACUGGGACCCCAACACCUUUGAAGGUAGGGAUCAUCUGUCCACUUAUCGCCGGGCUCUAAUAGUGGGUCUCCGAGCAGCCGCUAGAUGGCCAACUAAUUUGGCCAAGGUAAGAGAGAUUAUUCAAGGGCCUAAUGAAUCUCCCUCUAUGUUUCUGGAGAAAAUUAUGGAGACAUAUAGGAGAUAUACUCCUUUUGAUCCUCAGGCAGAGGAUCAAAAGGCAUCUGUUACGAUGGCCUUUAUUGGGCAAGCUGCCUUGGAUAUUAAAGAGAAGGUAUACUAUAAAAAAGAAACUGAGGAAGAAAGGGAGCAAAGGGAGGAUGAAAGAAACAAAAGACAGACUAAGGCAUUGACUAAGGGGCUCAGGGUAACUUUUGAAGUGGAGGGGACCCCAGUAAACUUUGAAGUGGAUACAGGGGCAGUAUACUCAGCCCUUAAGGCCCCRUUGGGCCCUCUAUCAACUAAAAGGUCUCUAGUUGAAGGGGCUAAUGGCAGUAAAUAUCGGGCUUGGACAACUAGGAGGACCAUGGACCUGGGGAAAGGAAAAGUCCAUCACUCCUUCCUAGUGAUCUCAGAAUGCCCAGCCCCAUUGAUAGGCAGAGAUCUGCUCACCAAACUCUGGGCCAGAUUAACUUUUAACCCUGAAGGCACCCAAAUGAAAUUUCUAAAUCUUUCAGUAAAAACUCCUAUAGUCAUGGCUUUAACUGUGUCAGUAAAAGAUGAACAUCAACUCUUCACACCCCCCAAGACUGAUCAAACAGGCAAGCUAUCCCAGAAAUGGAUAACAGAUUACCCAGAUGCCUGGGCAGAAACUGCUGGGUUAGGCCUAGCAGUAAAACAACCUCCAAUAACAGUGGAGUUAAAAACCUCAGCCUCCCCAAUUAAUAUUAAACAAUAUCCUCUGAGCAAAGAAGCUAAAGAUGGGAUAAGGCCCCAUAUUCAGAAAUAUCUGGCCUUAGGGGUCCUAAGAGCCUGUCAAUUGGCCUGGAACACUCCCCUGCUACCAGAAAAGCCAGGAACUGGGGACUAUCGCCCUGUUCAAGACCUAAGAGAGACCAACAACAGAAUGCAGGACAUUCACCCCACAGUACCUAAUCCGUACAAUCUGCUUAGCACCCUGAACCCUGAGCGAAAAUGGUAUACUGUCCUGGACUUAAAAUAUGCUUUCUUUUGCUUGCCUCUGCAUAAAGAUAGUCAGUUGCUGUUUGCUUUCGAAUGGGUAAACCCAGAAACUGGAACGUCUGAUCAACUAACUUGGACCAGACUCCCACAGGGGUUCAAAAACUCCCCCAAUCUCUUUGAUGAAGCCCUCCACAGAGAUCUCAACAAUUUCAGAACUAUGCACCCCGAAGUCACCCUGCUUCAAUAUGUGGAUAACCUGCUACUGGCAGCCAAUACCAAGGAAAACUGUGAGUCUGGGACCCAAGCACUAUUAUCUGCUUCUGCAAAAAAGGCCCAAAUUUGCCAGCAAUAAGUAAUCUUCCUGGACUAUUCCCUUAGGGGCAGUAAACAAUGGCUCACUGAGCCCAGAAAACAAACCGUUGUGCAGAUACCACCCCCAUCUAACAAGAGGGCAAAUGAAGAGGCUAAAUUGGCAGCCCUAAACGGAAUAGCAAUUAACAAAGACCAGCCAGCUAAUUCUACAGAAGAAUAUGCCCAGCUUUUUGCUGCACUGAUUGCACGAACAGCAAAAGACAUUGAUGUUUUGAUAGACUCCUUACCCAGUGAAGAAUCUACAGCUGCUUUACAGGCUGUUAGCUUAUAUAAGCUAGAAGAAGAAAAUCAUGAAGCUGCUACAUGUCUGGAAGAUGUUGUUUAUCGAGGGGAUAUGCUUCUGGAAAAGAUACAAAGUGCACUUGCUGACGUCGCUCAAUCACAACUGAAGACAAGAAGUGGUACCCAUAAUCAGUCUCUUCCAGACUCAUAG